UGGGAACUAGUGGAGACCGUUAUCCACUACAGCGCUUCCCGCAUGGGUGACGUCAAUGGGCGUUCUACCUCACCGCCACGUAGUGCAGAUUCCAUUGUUUGAUUGUCUAUUUUUUUAUUACUUGAUCUUUUUUGUAUGUUUUAGUAUUUUCUCGUUAAUACAUGUGUUCUGUUUUGUAUGAUAUAACAAUGUAAAAAAAAUUAAACUUAGUACAGAUUCCAGGCGUUAUGGGAAAUGUUUCACCCAUCCAUCAGACAUCGAAUUCAGAGUAGUCUAAUGAGAGGAUGUUACUCCACCACCUAUUACUAUUUGCACAUAUUCUGUAAUCGUUCCAUCGUGACACAUGUAUGUAUGUAUUUAAAACCCGUUCUCAAACUGACAAAUAAUUAAAGCUAAUUUUUACUUCUUCAAAAACAUGAUAGUAAUCGCUAGAUGUCCCCAUAUGACCGUCCAAUCUGCCAAGUCCUCCAGUAUCCCAGCAGGCCACAAUAACCGGAAAGUACGUUGAGGGUAAAGCGCGGAUUCGGAAAAAAACAGUUUUGAGAAGGAAGCUAACAUUUUAGUGCUGUUUAACUAUAUGCAUAACGGAUUAAUUACCUUUCAGAUCGCUGUAAAUGUGUAUACGUUACUAAGCGUGUGAGUUUAAAUCGCCGAAUAGUAUGUUUUUAUUUUCUUUCACGUUACCAUGACUUCGUAGCCACAGUCACACUGGCCUGCACGCGGGCGUUCGUGCCUUUCAAAGCUAGCUAGCAGCUAUCGAACAGUCAGUUAGAUAACGUUUGACUAACUAGAAACUUGGUUGUUGCUUAAAAAUGUCAGGCUUUAAUUUCGGAUCCGGGUCUAUUGGUUCCACCAACGCUGGCGGAGGGUUUUCGUUUGGAGCCGCUGCCAGUACCCCAGCUGCAGCAGGUACAGGUGGGUUUACUCUGGGUGGAACUCUGGGUGCUACAGCCCCAGCCUCCACCACCACCACCUCUUCUCUGGGCCUGGGCGGGUCACUAUUCUCACAAAAACCUACUGGGGGGUUCUCCUUUAACACUCCUGCCUCAGGUGCCCCAGCAGCCUCUACAGCCCCUACCACGGGCUUCAGUAUGACCUUCAAUAAACCCUCUGCCUCAGCCCAACCCUUCUCCCUCACUGCAGCCUCCUCAGCCCCCACAGGGGCAGGACUGACACUAGGCUCAGUCCUCACCUCCACUGCGCCACAGCAAGGAGCCACAGGAUUCUCUCUCAACCUAGGGGGUGUGGCCGCAAGUACAGCCCCAUCCACAGGUCUAUCGCUGGGUUCCAGUAUGUUCUCUAACAUGGCUACUACUGGUUUGGGCCAGACCACUCUCGGAUCAGGGGGGUUGACGUUAGGUUCCCUGGCCUCUACUUCCACGGCGGUGUCAGCGGCCCCCAGCCUUGGACUGGGAGGAGUUGACUUCAGCACCUCCUCAGAGAAGAAAAGCGACAAAUCAUCAGGGGCCAGCCCACAAGACAGUAAAGCUUUGAAAGAUGAAAAUUUGCCUCCAGUCAUCUGUCAGGAUGUAGACAACUUCCAGAAGUUUGUGAAGGAGCAGAAGCAGGUUCACGAGGAGAUCAGCAGGAUGUCAUCUAAAGCCAUGCUGAAGGUUCAGGACGACAUCAAGAGUCUCAAACAGCUGCUAUCUGUCAGCGCUUCGGGACUACAGAGAAACGCCCUGGCUAUAGACAAACUGAAGAUGGAGACUGCGCAGGAGUUGAAGAAUGCAGACAUAGCUCUGCGGACUCAGAAGACUCCCCCUGGACUCCAGCACGACAACACGGCUCCCUAUGAUUAUUUCCGGUGUUUAGUGGAACAGUUUGAGGUUCAGUUGCAGCAGUACAGACAGCAGAUAGAGGAACUGGAGAAUCACCUUACUACACAGGGCAGUGGAUCACACAUCACACCACAGGAUCUGUCACUGGCCAUGCAGAAGUUGUACCAGACGUUUGUGGCUCUGGCUGCUCAGCUCCAGUCAGUACACGAGAACGUCAAGACCCUGAAGCAGCAGUACCUGGGAUACCGCCGGGCCUUCCUGGAGGACUCCACGGACGUCUUCGAGUCCAAGCGGGUGGCCAGUAAGAAGUGGCAGAGUGCCCCACGCAUCACCACUGGCCCUGCCCCCUUCAGCAGCAUCCCCAAUGCGGCGGCGGUCGCCAUGGCAGCCACGCUGAGCCAGCAGCAGCAGCCCGGCCCAGGGAGCCAGGUGUCCCUGGGGUCUGGCUUGGGAAACCCCUUUGCCUUGGGAGUGGGCUCUAGCUUGGGCACCUCAGGUCUCGGAGUGUUUGGUGGGGGUCCAGGUUUCGGGGGGGUAGACGGGGGCUCCUCAUUUGGUUUCUCCUCUGCCAGCAAGCCCUCGGGAGGGAGCCUGAGUGCAGGUUUUGGAAGCAACAGUAGUUCAGGGUUUAACUUCAGUAGCCCCGGCCUCAACGCGUCUGCAGGCCUGACGUUUGGCGUGUCCAACCCUCCCGCCACGGGCUUCGGCACUGGAGGUCCACUGCUGCAGCUCAAGAAGCCCCCGGUGGGAAACAAGAGGGGCAAGAGAUAAGAGGGGCAAAGGGAACGGUUAGGAUUUGGGGAGGGUAAGCUGAUCCUAGAUCUGUGACUUCCAGAACUGUCCAAGGUUGUUUAAUGGGUCACAGUCCAUGUAGGUGGAUUUGGGAGGGUACGUUUAUUCUAGACCUGUGCCCAAGGGUGACUUCUAGAGCUGUCCAGGGGAGGUCGGGGUGUAACAGUCUGUCCCAGAUCUUUAUUUUUAUACCUGAAGGGGAGCAGAGGGUUUGAGGGAGGGGGGUUAUGCAGGACCAGGGUGGAGGAAAUGAGGAGAGGGAGUCCUCGAGCAUAAAAGAUCAGCACAUUUGGAUAAGGUUCAUAACCUGUGUUUUGUUCUUUAAAUGUCCUCAUUAUUGUUUCAUCAUGAUUGCUUAGUUUUUGUAGAGUUUUUAUUUUAUACUCUUUGUAAGUGUUUGUUGUGUAUGUUAGGAUGCAUGCAAGGGAGAGAACUGGCUGUGCUGAAUGUCCCACACAGCCUCAAAUUAGAACCUGAAAGGGCACCAGAACACACCAAACAUACACAAACGCAUACGUACAUUUCCUGUCAAGUGUGAAUUUAUGCAGUGUGUGUGUGUGUCAAUAGACCGUGGUGUUUUAGGGCUGGUGGAUGAUGAGGGUAUUACGGUCUGUGCUUUUCCGUUGUCUAUUCUGAUUCUCUCUGUUACCAAAUAGUGAUGUCAUCCUGUUCUAUUCAUUUGAGUUGAUAAGUGUAAACCUGUAUUUUCAAACAUCAGUUUAAUAAUAAAAUUCCUGAUGUUGA